AUGUCGAGCGACAAUCAAGAUACGGAGGCUCAGGCCGAUGAUGACAUUAGACGGCGUAUAAAAGUCCAAGACGACACCCCCGGAAACUUGGAAGAUGAUCCUCCAAUACAAGUCUCUUUGAGUAGGCCACAUAUUACAAAACAUUCGAGGCCGCGCCUAGAAAGUCGUCGUAGCUCCGCCAUGAGUAUUGCUCAGAUCGAUCAGGUGCUCUCAGACCAUGACAUGGAUGAAGACACAUAUGGAGUCUCCGAGGUCCGCGAGGGACUCUUUGAGGCUAUAUUUCUGAAGCCACUACAUCUUAAUGUGGCGGAUCUCUUGGAGCGCUCAAAGACCACUUUACCGGCACAAUUUGACAAGUCAAACCCAUUAGCGCCAAAGUACUUCGUCUCGCGACAGUGGCAUCAACUGAAUUCUCUUUGUCGCCGGAUAGCAACUACGAGAGAAGGAAUUCGACUCUUCAAGACGUUUUCAGCCUUUUUCAUUGCGUAUUGUCUUUGCCUGUCGCCCGGCGUAAGAGGUUGGCUCGGCCCUUACAAUUACAUGAUGGUUAUAUCCGUCAUUCUCAACCACCCAGCUCGCACCCUAGGAGGCCAAAUCGAGGGCACGGUUCUUACCAUUUUGGGAACAGCUAUAGGAAUUGGUUGGGGUAUAAUAGGUCUUCUCUUAUCAACUUCUACUCUUGCCGCCAGUGCUGGCUAUGGCGGCAUCUUGGCCAUGUUUCUUGCGUUGUUCAUGCUUGCCUUGGCUUGUAUUCGUGCCUUCUUUAUCAGGUUCUAUCAAGCAGUUCUCUGCGCUGGAAUAGCAAUCAUGUUCACGACAUUGGCGGACACAAACAGCCAAAGCGUCAUCUGGAAUAAUUUACGCAGUUACGCUGUUUCAUGGCUUUUUGGGCAAGUCAUUGCAUUGGUUGUUAAUGUUCUAAUAUUCCCAGACGCAGGGUCCAGAGCUCUAGCCACGGCGUUACAUCAAGCGUUUGGCACAAUGCAGGAAGCCCUUGAUCUCUCGGACCAACCGUGUGGCAUGAGACCGAGGCGGCGAUUAGCCGAUGCCUUUGUGAAUCUCUCGGAGGCGUAUAGAGAUAUGAGGAUCAAUAUUACGGUCUCAAGAUUCAGACCAGACGAUGUUGAACAAUUACGCAACAAAAUGCAAGCUGUGAUACGAGCACUACUGUCGCUUCAAACUGAACCUGAGCUUCUGCAUGAGUCACGCUCAGGACAGGGUUGUGUGGUCAUCGUGGAUCGGCGUGAUUCUAACAACGUCGACGAACAGUCUCCCCCUUCAAGCUCAAAUAUCCAUUCUGUCGUCCAAACGGCGUCAGAUGACAUGAUCCGCAAUGUCGUUGAACCUCUCCGAGCUCCGACAAAAGACCUCCUCGAUAGCUUGAAGGAAGAUCUACGAGUUUGUGACGCCGUGCUAAUGGAUCUAUCUGGGUAUAGAAAGUACCUGGGCCCAUCAGAGGUGGUUUCUUCGGACCUUGCACCAGUUCAAAUACGAACAAAAAUUGCAAUUGCGGCUUUUGACACUGUAGAAUCAACUAUUCUACACUCAAAUGAUAGCCCUGUAUCUUCAAUUCACGAUGCCAACGUGGUACAACUCUUGGUUUUUGCAAGGCGUGCUAGGGAAACCAUUGCAACAGUCGAGGCUCUUAUGGACCAAGUCGCCUCAAUGCAACGGGUACCAGACUGGCCUCACGCGUAUUUGCCGUCUUAUCCUAUUUGGAAAGCAAUUCAUCGAACCAACGCUCAAGUACGUCAUGAUCGAGGCGGUGUUACUGCGGGGUAUUAUCAAAAGACAUUUGUAGAAAUCGCCAGGCUUCUCGACAAGAUCAAGUCACUAGACUACAAGGCGAUAUCGCAGAUUCAGCAUGGGCAGGCUCAAGAAGAACCGCAAGCUGAAUUUAACCGCUCCAUGACGAACUCCGAUGCAAGCAUCGCCCCAGUUUCUAAAAAGAGAAAAUUGCGAUACAAGAUUUGGACAGGGUUGUACCGGCUUCAAGGUUUUGAAAGUAGAUAUGCUUUCAAAGUCUGCCUUGUCACAUCCCUCUUGUCAGUACCAUCAUAUCUUCCUCAAAGUAAUGAAUGGUGGGAUUACUACCAGGUGUGGUGGGUAGUUGUAGUGAGCUGGGCAGUCAUGCAUCCGCAAAUCGGCGGAAAUAUACAAGAUCUAGUAACUAGGUCAGGUGUAGCUAUUCUAGGGGCAACUUGGAGUGGGAUAGGAUACGCUGCUGGAGGUGGAAGCCCGUACGUUAUGGGCGUCUUUUCAGCUUUGUACAUGGCGCCCAUGCUCUAUCGAUAUACCAUAAGUUCGCAUCCACGUUCAGGGCUUGUAGGCUGUCUUUCUUUUACCGUAACGUCUCUUGGUUUGCAAACACACGGUGGGGGCUCAUCUCCCACGACAUUUGCCGUGUUUAAUGGUCUAGCCUUUUUCAUUGGAACUGCCGUGCCGAUAAUAGUCAACUGGGUCCUGUGGCCCUUUGUGGCCCGCCGUGAAUUAAGACACGCACUCUCAUCAAUGCUCUUCUUCAUGAGCAUCCUAUACAGAAACGUGGUUGGCAGCUAUGUAUAUUUCAGUGACGGCAAAGAACCGAAGCCGGAAGACAUACAGAGGUCAGAGAUACUCGAAGGGAGACUGCGAGAGGGUUUCGUCAGAAUUCGCCAGCUUCUAGUUCUCACCCGCCACGAAAUUCGACUGCGCGCGCCAUUCGACCCUCUUUCAUAUUCCGGAUUGGCAGACGCAUGCGAAAGAUUCUUUGAUCACCUUAUCACCGUUCGCCGGUCCGCCAUAUUCUACAACCCAAGCUAUAUCAGAGACGACCCCUUGGCUGCCCAACAACUCCUCAGUUACCGUCGCGACGCUGUAGCCGCCAUCUUGGGCAAUCUAUACAUUUUAGCUGGCGCUCUUCGAUCUAAACGAAAAGUACCCCUCUAUAUGCCAAGCGCUGCUGCAGCCAGAAAAAAGCUAUUAGUCAAAACGGCCGAGGUCGAAGAAGACAUGUCUAAAAAGGCACCACCAAAUGAUAUAAAAAAGCAUAAGGAGUGGAGCGAUGUUUACAGUUUUUCAUACAGUGAGAGCUUAACCGGCUGUGUAGUUCAACUUGAGGAGCUAGAGAAGUAUACAAAACUUAUAGUUGGGGAGCAGGGAUUCGACGACGAAUUUCAAGAUGAAGACGAAGAUGACGAUAAUCACGUGCAAAAUGGUGAUUAA